UCUGAGAAGCACAGAGCCAGUCCCAUUACAUGUUGAGACACUCCGCUAGUAGCUGUCUAUGUGGGCUGGCACCUUCAAGGAGUUACAGCAACUCUUCAUUUGGAAUAAUUGAUAUGUGUAAACUUUUAUGAAGGAUCUGAGCGUGUCUGUGAAAUGGAGAAUCUGAGGGGCGAGAGUGUGGCGGAGGCGUCGGAGAGAAAGGCGCCACAGCGUGUGCUCUUCACGUACUACCAGGGGGACAUCAACAGUGUGGUGGACGAGCACUUCUCACGUGCCCUCAAAAAGGCCAGCCUCCCCAAAGACCUCAGCACCAAAGCCAGCUCUCCCAGAGACCCCCACGUCAGCAAGCCACGGAGCAGAACCAAGGGCAUCAAGACAGAGCCGCAAACCUCGCCGACGUGGAACCUGUCCAGCCCAGACUGGUCCAAGAGCCCUUUUCCGUCCAGUUCCGGCCCAGGUCUGGCUCAGUUCUCGUCAGCCGAGAGCCCGGUUGCCUCUCAAGGUGUGAUCAUGGGGCCAGGGGGCCUCUCGUCCAGUGUGUGGAGCUACCCCACCAGGCCAGGUGCGGGCUUCGACCUGCCCAUGCUCUACCCACCGGCGGGCCCCACAGAGAGCUCCUCCGGCUCCUUCCUCAGCAUGUUACACAUGGACCGGCCAGCAGGGGGAGUAGUUAUGGCUCCCAAGGUGGAGAGUCCAGACUGGGAUUCACCUUCUGCUUUCAGAGACUCAGUGGGCAACAGGAUCAGCCUAGACUCAGGUGUCCAAGUGCCAGAGAAGACCAAGGACUUGUAUUGGUACUAAAAGAAGAGCCGCCUCUUUUCCUUUGUGGGGAGGAUUCAUUUUGACGUUACGGACAUGGGCGUCAAUGAGCUGUUUAACCCACACGGCCCAUUCAGCAGAGUGGCUUGGAGAAUCCAGCCUAAGAAUGAACAUGGAUAUCUCAGAUCCUCUAUGUGGGUUUCUCUGUCUCUCUAACAGUCACAGCCACAAUGCGGACACGUCGGGUUCCUCAGAAAACCUGUUAGGGGACAGUUUGUCGUUUGUUGCACUAACUGCAGGCUCGUGCCAAGGUUUAGCGCAUGUGAUGCAGACGUGGAGAUUGGCCUGCAGGCACCCUAGAGGAACGAGGAUGGUGGUUACUGUCAUGGAGAAAAGAAUCUGUGGCAACCCAUGACCUGGUAACAGCUCCUCAGUUCCACCACUGACUGACAUGUCCUUACAAGUCCACGCACAGCUUCUGACAUGUAUCCUCAUCUUGAACACUCUUAGUUGUAGUCAUUGUUGCUUAUUCAUCUUAUUCCUUUUAUGCUGUUCUCACAUAAGAAUACAGCAUAUUCACUUUUCAUUUUUCUCUCUCUUUAUCUAUAGACAGUUAGAGAUGGUGAGCAUAUGAGUUGAAAGUAUGAUCAUGUUGGGUUAAAAUAAGAAGUUACACAAAUACAAAAACAUACAAUACUAGAAUCAGAAUGGUCGGCUAUGUAAGAUUAACAAUUAUUUUUAUGGAAAAGUGUUUCUGACCAAUAAAUAGAAAUGUAUAUUG